AUGGACGUGGACCACGUGACCUACAUCUUCGGCAGCGUGUCGCGCCGCCGACAGUCGGACGACGCGACGGCCGCCAAGCGCCGCUCGCUGGACCCGCAGCCCGCCGGCGGGUCGCCGCCGCCCGCGCAUGCCGCCCCGCCGCCGACGACGACGACGUCGAUGACGCUCAGGUCCCCCAUCAUCAGAGCGGUGGCGAACCGUGCGGUGUGCGGCAUCUGCCGGCGCGCGCAGUUGGAGCCGCGGCUCCUGGCCUGCCUGCACAGCUUCUGCACGGAGUGCCUGCUCGAGCUGCAGGCGGCGCAGGCCGGCGACGCCUGGAGCGACCCGGCAGUGGACUCGGUGUUCCUGGGAGGUUCCGGUGAGGACGCGAGCGGGUCCGGCUCUGGGUCGGGGUCCGGGUCUGGGUCCGGGAGCGGGGAGGCGCGCUCGCUGCAGUGCCCCACGUGCGGCUGCGCGCAGCCGCUGGCCCCCCCGGCCGCCGCCGCGACGCACGACGACGCAGAGCCCGCCGUAGCGCCGCUCUGCGACCUCUGCUCCACCAACGUUCAGGCGAGCAGCCGGUGCGCGGACUGCAUGUCGUGGCUGUGCGCCUUCUGCGCGGAGGCGCACGGCCGCCAGCGGGCCACGUCAGCCCACGCGCUGCUCUCGCUGGGCGAGGCGCGCCGCCCGCGCCCCGCCGCCUCUGCCGCUGCCGCUGCCAGCGCCGGGGCGCGCCGCCCCGCGCCGGCCACGUGCGCGCUGCACCCGGGCCAGGAGCUGCGGCUGUUCUGCGCGACGUGCGCGCGGCCCGUGUGCCGCGACUGCGCGCAGGCGCCCGGCGCCGCCCACCGCGGACACUCGCUGGAGGCGGCCGCGCGCGCCGCCCAGCUCUGCGCCAGGGGGCUGCGAGACGCGCUCGAGCGCGCCAGGCCCGUCGCCGAGCAGGCCGCGCUCGCCCUCGACCGCCUCGGCCACCUCGAGAAGAGGAUACAGACGCGGUGCAGCCAGGUGUCGGACGAGGUGGAGCGCUUCAUCGAGUCGUACUCGGCGGCGCUGGAGGAGCACCGGCGCUCGCUGCAGCGGCAGGUGCAGGAGGCGCGCGCCGCCAAGCUGCAGCUGGUCGAGGCGCACGCCCGCCACCUGCACAGCCGCGCCGACCAGGCCGCCACCGCCGUCGCCUUCACCGAGGACCUCCUCGCAGAGGCCUCCGACGUCGAGUUGCUGACGCUGGUCUCCCCAGUGCUGCGUCGUCUGGAAUGGUGCUGCAACAAUGGGGCUAGUGGCAGCCUUAUGGAACCACGUGUGUCUGACUGCCUGCAGUUCCUUCCUGAGGAGGGCUGUGGCCGAAUCAAAUCACACACCCUCUUUGGCGUCAUAACAACACAGACAGUGUCUCCACAACACUGCACGCUCAACACUGACACUCUGAUGAUUUGUCGACAGCAUAAGAAAGCUGAAACAGUUCUAACAACAAGAGAUGCUGAUGAACAGCCACUAUGUCAUGGUGGAGAGAAAGUCACUGCAGAACUGCGAUACAAGGAUGCCAGCAACAGGAAGAUUCCUAUCCACGUGGCUGACCGUCGAGAUGGAACGUACUUGCUAGUGUUUGUACCAGACACUGCAGGGAACCUCAGUCUCUCUGUCUAUGUUCGUGGGAAACCAAUUAAGGGAAGUCCUUUCCUGGUCUGUGUGAGGACACUGCGUCCUCACCAUGGGACAUUUCAUUGCUGCAGCUUUUGUUCCAGUAACGGGAGCAAAACUGCUACAUGUGGAUGUGGUGGGAAAAUGCCAGGUGGCUACCAGGGUUGCGGCCAUGGCCAUGCUGGACAUCCUGGUCGCCGGCAUUGGUCUUGCUGUGGGAACAUUCUUGAAAAUUCCGAGUGUGGACGUACAAAUUCUGCUCUGUACCAAUUCACUCUGUGACUGGACAUUACUUACAUUUAUAUGUGGAAUUUACUGGGUGCGAGAUAAACACAAGCACCACUAGAAGCAUGCAUUAAAUGAAAUGACGUGCAGUAACAACUCAGAUAAUUUAUUAUUGGAGGAUAAAAACAAAUAAAUUUUAAAAACAAUUAUAGGAAAGUCCAGUGACAAAAUAUAGCAUAGGAACAACUUCAUCACACACAAAUCACAGCCCCUUAUAAUGGAACAUUUUCCCAAAUAAAU